GUGGCGCGGAGCUCGUCCCAAACACUUUGGUUCACUAAGAGGAUACUCUGCCCGGCAAGUUAGGAGUUCUCAGCCCUCUGGUUCCGGUGCAGCUGGAGCCCGGUUCGGUCUAAUUUAAGCCUGGAGUGAUAAGACGCGUCCUCUCAGCGGAGACUCACCCUGACUGAAAAGAGCCACCGGCCUGCAACAUGAGCACCGGCAGUGUCGCGCAGGGGAAAGCGGCGUGCGAGUGCGCGCCCAAGUCCGCGCUCCAGCGCUGGAUCCCGGGGGCCCCCGUCGCCCUGUGCCUGCUCCUGUCCCUGAGCUCCAUCACCGUCUGCCUUCUGAUGAGCCUCCGGACCCUCCAGCUGGAGAAGCGGCUGCAGAUGGAGAUGGACAAAGUCUCCAUCCUCCAGCCGCCUCACGCUGCUUUUCUCACCGAGGAUGGCGCCCUGAUUCCGGAGCUGCGGGGCUCCGUGGGGAGACUCGUGGAAGAGACUGUGGCGCAGCUGAUGCCGAGACUGCGGACGAGCCGGGAUGUUGGUCCGGAGUGCUCCUGUCCUCCAGGACCUCCAGGAAAGCGUGGAAGGAUGGGAAGAAGAGGAGAACCUGGUAAGUGACAUCCACCGCCUGGCAAGGCUGGACGGGAUGGAUACCCGGGUCCACUCGGCCUGGACGGCAAACCAGGUCUGCCGGGUCUUAAAGGAAGCCAGGGACCGGCUGGGCCCAAGGGAGAGAAGGGCGACCAAGGAGACGUCGGACCGCGGAUGGUUUUUCCGAGAUAUGACCACUUUAUCUCUGGAGAUCAGUCCAGCAGUUUUCAAAGACGGAUUUUUAAGGGUGACCAGGGGCAAGCUGGACCUGCUGGUCCUCCCGGUCCUCCAGGUCCACCCGGCCCCAGAGGCCCACCGGGAAAUACCGGCAAGGAUGGCCCACGAGGACCAACCGGAGAACCGGGGUUUCCCGGACGUGACGGUCUGGAGGGUCCUCAUGGAAUGCCUGGGAAGCCCGGUGAAGACGGUGAGCCAGGAUAUCCAGGACAGCAGGGUCCACCAGGGAUGAAGGGCGAGCCUGGCUCUGGAGAAAAAGGAGAGCGAGGGAUGGAUGGACUACCGGGGUUAAAGGGAGAGAGAGGUGAAACAGGAGAGCAAGGACCACAGGGACCAAUGGGUUAUCCCGGUGAGAAAGGUGCGGACGGUUCCUCUGACAUUAUCGACUUCAAUGGGAAGCUUCUGGAUGCUUUCCAGGCCAUCAAAACCAUCAGUGUUUCGGGCCCACCUGGACCACCCGGACCCCGAGGCCCUCAGGGGGAAAAGGGUGAGCUCGGUUUACCUGGACCUGCAGGUGUCGAUGGAGCUCAGGGUCCUAAAGGCGAUCUGGGCGACAUGGGGCCUCCUGGUUUUAGAGGGGAGAAAGGAGAGAUGGGUCUUUCUGGUCCAGCUGGCAUGGAUGGUCAUAAGGGAGAAAAGGGCGACUGCAGACUGGAGGAUAAUUCGGUUCAUAUGAUCCCCCAGCCCGGACCUCCAGGUCCACCCGGUCCUCCUGGAGUCCCCGGGUCCACGGGUCUUCAUGGAAUGCCUGGUCCAAAGGGAGAACCUGGGUAUGGACUCAAGGGAGAGAAAGGAGAUAGUGGUGCUCCAGGAUACAACGGACUAGAUGGUCACCAGGGUCCCCCAGGUCCAGCGGGAUUAGUGGGUCUUCCAGGCGCCAAGGGAGAGAAAGGGAGACCAGGAGAGCCUGGACUAGACGGAUUCCCAGGUAUAUCCGGAGAGAAGGGUGACCGAGGAGACGCCGGCGAGAAGGGUGACAGGGGAUCAGUAGGAAAAAGAGGUCUUAAAGGGCAGAAGGGGGAGCAGGGACCUCCUGGACUCGACCAACCGUGUCCUGUGGGCUGUGGUGAGACUAAAGGUCUGUCAAUGGAGGCCGAGCCUUCUUCUCCUCCUCCUCCUCCUCCUCCUCUUCCUCCUUCCGGCCCUGAGGCCCCCUGUCCUGUGGGACACGACGGGCUGCCCAUACCAGGCUGCUGGCACAAGUGAUGACUAAUAAACAACAUGGAAUCUGUACAUAUUGAUCCGGUAUAUAUUGGAGUUCUACAGUCUUUUUCUACCUGAAGACAUUUCAUAUAAUAUAUUGAUUUUUUUUAUAACUUUCCUGGACAUUUCGGAGUCGACAGUAUUAUUCAAAGGAGACUUCCAUGUUGUUGAGAGAAGACUUACAGUUGUGUUGGAGUGACCACAGAGACCAGACUAACAGUCUGUGUGCGAAUGCUGACGGACGGAUGGAUCUGUGGCCGACAGAGGAGUGUGGAUCACUGCUCUCUUAUGUUCUCUCUGAAAGGAGGAGAUGACAAGACAGAAGCUAAAGCGCAAGCGUCUCGUUCAGCCGUGAAGUGGCUCGCGGUCAGAUGAAGACUGGGCCUUUGCAGAUUUGCCUCAUUGAAGCAGAACUUUCUUUCAACCCUCCAGUGUGGAAAAAGGAAGCGGCUUCAGUCGAGAAAGACACAUCGACAGCUCCAUCAUAUCAAUCUGUACAAGUUUAUUUCGGGGCUUGAUGUCGUCGCCGGCACAUACCGUUGUUGUGUACUUACCGAACCGAUACAAUGUAUGAGUGUUUUCAAAGUCCAUUGCUCAUUCAUUUCUGCUAGUGUUAGCAUCUACUACGACUUGGGGUUUCUUCCUGAAACUCGAACAAUGCUAGAUUGUUUUACCAGCGAUAGCAACGACUGAACUCACCAAAGAACUCACUAAACUGUGUUGUAGGUCGUCAGUUACAUUUUGCAUUCCUGUGCGUCGCCAAGGUUUUGUAUUACAAGUGAUUCAUAUCAGCAUUUUACAGUGUUCACCAGUGUCCAAAAAACAGUUUGUUUGAUCCCUGUGGUCGCACUUUGGAAGGAAAGGAUUCCCGUUCGGAGCUUUAACAACGAUUGAAGUUACUCUGCUGUGUUCCAUUUGGUUGGAUGACAGUGAACCUUGUUGCUGCUGAUUUAAGUGUGUGUUGUGGAUCGUGUUUCCGAGGAGCCAACUGAACGUGGAAUGUAAAGACAAAACACAUGUAUUUGUUCUGGUCAGUUUAAUCAGUGUUACGGGCCACUUUUGUCUUAUACCGUUCUUGUUGUCUUCACUUUGCUCUGAUUUUUGUAUGUUCAUUGUGCAGCAGACUCUUUUGUUUGUUCUCGAUAUUUGAGAUGUGUUUUUCAGCUUCCGAACACUCGACAUGAAUGGUCCCGAACCAACACCAGGUGUUUCCGUCUCCUUGUUGUUGUUUUUUUUUUGCCCCUUCAAACUCUUGUUUGCUUUGCCAUUCAGCUUCUGAAAUAUCCAAACAGUAGUAACUACUGAGUACUUCUAAAGUUUGACUCACAGCUUUGCCCUUUGACUGAUUCCUGAUAUUCAUUUAAUAUUCCAUUUAAGUUUUAAACAGAUCCCUGGUUAUGCCGGAAACCUGUAAAGCAGAGACUGUGACUUUUUGAAUUUUUUUAAAAUCCAAAAAGAACUAUAUAAUCUGGAGGUCUAGUUGCAUGCAGAAAAUAAGCAGAUAUUUCAGCUUCAUUUUGAACAGGACAGGUUAAUAGUUUCAAUGUUAAACCUUUUGAUCAGGAACAUUUAUAACAAACUGAAAAAUCAGUUUACCUUAAACUACUUUUGACCAACACUGAAGGGAAUGGUUCCUCAUACGACAGAGAGGAAGAAAGGCUGUCAGUAUUUAGCAUAGCUUUACUUUGUGGCAUUUUUAUUUAAUAAUAAAUCAUGCAAUUAUAAAAGAGGCAGAAGGCCGUAUGGCAUAUGAUCCAGGGCCACAAAUGGCCCUCGGACCAGACCCUUUUUUUUUUUUGAAGGUUCUGUUGGUGUAGUGAUUUGUGACUGUUUUUAUUUAGGAGCUGAGAAUAUGUUGCGUUGCGUUGUGCGGUUAUUUUCAUGUCACCAGGGAAUAAAAGUGAAGGUGUGAAGGCUCCACUUUUAGGGUUUUAAUUGCUUACUUGCUAUUAUUAUCGUUAUUAUAGUAAGUUGCUCAAACAACCUUUCUCUUUCUGCAUUGUUUUCCCUCGCAUUUUCUAACUCUAAGCCUCAUGAUGAUCUGCUGAGAUCCUUAUGAAAAGGUCUCAAUAACCAAGGAAAUUAGAUAUGAAUAUGACCACUAUCUGCUGUUGGUAUUAUGCAACAAAAAUAAAAAAUAAAAAAAGCCAUUUUUCUGCAAAGCAUUAUUCCGAACACCACUUUUUUGUUUCCUCAUAAGCUACGUAAAAUGCUCUUUUUUGUUGUUGUUGGCGGUGAAGUGAUGAACACGUUUGUUUUUAACUGGAAUCUGAUAGUAAUCUGUCACUUAACUUGUGUUUAUUUCUUUUGCAGAUUCUACCAGUUUUCUGUUUGAAGUUAAAAUGAGUCAAAUGGCACAGUUACAAAAAAAAUCUAACAGUAUUCGCCUGAACGUUUUGGUUGUGAAUUGGAUUUUGAAGAAUGAAGCUAUUUUUGUAAUUACCUUCUGUAUACUGUUUGUAUGUAUAACACAAAUGUUCAACUAAACAGGCAGACUGAAAUAAA